UAAUUCAUCAGUUAUCAUAGAGCAUGUAUUAGAUAGGUUUUUUUAAGUAGCAUGUAGUGAUGCGAAAUAAAUUAAAGCUUGCAUAUCGUGUUAUCGAUCAUAUCGAAAUGAUUUCGGUAUCAAAACGUUAUUCGUGCCUAAUAUUAAAAAUAUACAAAUAUCAAAUUCCACUUAUAGUGGCAGGUCAUACAUGUAAAAGCUGUAUUUUAGUUGUACAUACUGAAGCAUGAUUCAUGAUUCAUUAAACAAAAUUUACGAUUAUUUUAAAGUUCUACAAUAAAAGUUAUAUAAACCAAUAUAGUUUUUAUCGCCACUAAAUAGUUAUUUUGUUACGUAAAUUAUUUAAAAAAUAAAACUGAAAAUCAUGCUACACUGUAUAAGAUAAGAUUUUGUUUAACUAGGGUCUUUUGAGGUGUUUAAAAACUUAUGUAAAAUCGUAAAAAGGUGUGGUUUCAAACUGUUAGCGGUGCAAUACGACGCAUAAAAGUUUAUUGACGUCAAAAAGUUUCGUGACGGCUCCUGACGAUACACUUGCAGAUGCACGACAGAGAUAAAAGUGUAAAUAUGUAUGUACGUGAUUCGAAGAGCAUGCACAGUGAAAAAUGUUGUUUCUUAAUAGACUGAAGCUUUCGAUAUUUAAAAUUAUUCUUAUUGAAUUGGUCGUUGCUUUUCCCGAUAAAUAUGAAAUACAAGAUGCUGAUACUAAUAUGAAGAUUGAUUUAAUGGAUAUUUUGAAUAAUUAUACAGAUAAUGCAAAAGGACAUCAAAGAGAUUCUAAUAAAAAUGAUCUUGUUGAGAAUUGGACAGGCAGAUGGUUACCUAGUCGUCCAGGUGAAUACACACCACCUCCCAAGGUAUUUCAUAAAGAAAUAUAUCCACAUAAUGAAAACGUACAAAUGGGAGUGAAAAAUGUCAAAUGUGAUGAUGGAAAGACUAAUUUAACUGUAGAUUGGGAUCAUUCUCUGACAAGCUACACAUGUUUUGGAAAAAAAAUAGUUCCUGAUAUGAGUAUAAUACCAGAAUAUUAUUGUGAAAUUAUUCCAAAAAAUUAUAAGGCAAUACAUAAAUGUAUGAAUAACAAAAUCGAAUAUACAGAAGAUAUUCCUACUUUUGGAACACACAGACCUAUAUGGCCUGUUUAUGGUGAAUAUAAAUAUGUACCUACACAGAGAUGGCUUCAUAGCCUUGAGCACGGAGCUGUUGUUAUGUUGUAUCAUCCAUGUGCAAAUAGCCUUGAAAUAGAGCGGUUAAAAAAAUUAGUUAAAGGAUGUUUGAGACGGUAUAUUAUAAGUCCAAAUAAUCUGCUUGAUGAACAACGACCUCUAGCAUUGUUAACGUGGGGUUGUAAACUGACAAUGUCGCAUGUCGAUGAAGAAAUGGCCAAGCAGUUUAUUCAAGACAAUGCUUUGCACGGACCCGAAGAAAUUUUAUUUGACGGAAGUUUUAAAGAUCAGUUGAUAGAAAAGUCUAAGGUUGUUUCAGAUAUGUCAGACUCUAUGCUAUGUUCAUUACCAAUGUGAUUAAUUGAUAUAUAUAUAUAUAUAUAUAUAUAUAUAUAUAUAUAUAUAUAUAUAUAAAUUUGGAAUGUAUUUUCGACUGUAAAGACACUUCAUUUAAUUUUUUAAUGAAGUAAACUGUGAUUGUUCUGUAAAGCCAAAUUUACUUAAAAAUGUUUUUACUUGGAUCCGAUAGUUUAUCUACAGCUUCUAUUGUUAAGAUGAAAAUAAUAUACUGAAGUUAAUGUCAAUCUGAAA